UACAACUCCCAGAAGGUAGCGCGGCCUCAGCAGCGGGCGCUUUAGUUCCAAGGAGGACCACGGCCCCUUGGGCAGAAAGGGUUUUGUCGGGUGAGAGCUGCAGUUGGUGGUGCUGGCGCUGCUCGCCUCCUCCUGUGUCUGGCCGCCAUGAAGGACUCGCUGGUCCUGCUUGACCGUAUCCUGGCGCACCCGGACUCCCGCUGCUGGUUCCUGGCCUGGAACCCCUCCGGAACCCUGCUGGCCUCGUGCGGUGGCGACCGUAGCGUCCGCAUCUGGGGCACUGAGGGUGACAGCUGGAUCUGCAAAUCUGUCCUUUGUGAAGGCCACCAACGCACUGUGCGGAAGGUGGCCUGGUCUCCCUGCGGGAAUUACCUGGCCUCUGCCAGCUUUGAUGCUACCACGUGCAUUUGGAAGAAGAAGGAGGAUGACUUUGAGUGUGUGACCACUCUGGAGGGCCAUGAAAAUGAGGUGAAGUCAGUGGCUUGGGCCCCAUCUGGCAACCUCCUUGCCACCUGCAGCCGAGAUAAGAGUGUGUGGGUCUGGGAAGUUGAUGAAGAAGAUGAGUAUGAAUGUGUCAGUGUCCUCAACUCCCACACGCAGGAUGUCAAGCAUGUGGUUUGGCACCCAAGCCAGGAGCUGUUAGCCUCCGCCAGCUAUGAUGAUACAGUGAAGCUCUACCGAGAGGAAGAGGAUGACUGGGUAUGCUGUGCCACCCUUGAAGGCCACGAAUCCACCGUGUGGAGCUUGGCCUUUGACCCCAGUGGCCAACGCCUGGCGUCUUGCAGUGAUGACCGUACCGUACGCAUCUGGCACCAGUAUCUGCCAGGCAAUGAGCAAGGGGUGGCGUGCAGCGGCUCUGACCCCAGCUGGAAAUGUGUCUGCACUUUGUCAGGCUUCCACUCCAGGACCAUUUACGACAUCGCUUGGUGUCAGCUGACAGGGGCCCUGGCUACUGCUUGUGGGGACGAUGCCAUCCGAGUGUUUGAGGAGGACCCCGGCUCAGAUCCGCAGCAGCCCACCUUCUCCCUGAUGGCCCACUUGCCUCAGGCCCAUUCUCAGGAUGUCAACUGUGUGGCCUGGAACCCUAAGGAGCGGGGGCUCCUGGCCUCCUGCAGUGAUGAUGGAGAGUUGGCCUUCUGGAAGUAUCAGCGGCCUGAAGGCCUCUGAGCCACCUUGACUUUGGACAGAAUCAUGGUUCCCUGGAAAAUGUCGUAAGACUUUCCCAGCCCCUGAGAGGACCUGGAGAAGCAUCCUUGACCUUCUUUUGACUUGGCCCUCCUCCAUUCGGACUUGGGUAGAAGUGCAGAGCCACAGAACCAUUCACGCUUUCCCCUCCUUUGACACGCGGUCCUUGGAAAGGGCUAGAGUACUUAUGCCGGAUUUUGCUUGCUUUAGGGCACAGUGUUAAAUUUGGGGGGAGUGAAUAUCCUACUUUAUAAUCACCAUAUCUAUAUGUAGGAGAGAUGUAUUUCAGCUCUUUCUAAGACUGUAAGCCUUAUAGAAAUAAUCUGAGUCCCAAGUCCUAUUUUAUAUUAUAAGGACAUUCACCGUCUAAAAGAAUUCCAUGGUGAGUCCUUUUCUGAAAUAGGUCCUGCCUUCCCAAUUUCUGGGUAAAUCCUUGCAUUUAAGACAUUCAGUCAAUAUUGAAAGAAACUUUUUAAUGUAGGUUAAUUUAGAGUAAGAGACACCUCUGCCUUCCCUUAGAAACCGUCAUGUACUUUCUAUGUAUGCUGUGUGUUGUGAUGACAGCCGGGAACUACUGAGAAAUGAACAGGGAGGAUGUGAACCCUAAAAGGGAGAGUCGUUGGCCACAGGUCAUACGUUCUCAGUGGAGAUGAGAACUGGUUCUUGGGUGGUGGGCAAAAAAACCUUAGAGACAAUAAUUUAUGGCCUCCAAAGAACCACAGUACAUAAGUACACAGUCUGUCUGUUGUAUUAGAUUUUCAUGGUGGGGGUGAGCAGGAGAGAGAUGCCAAAUAAGGUCCCUUAGAGGAAUGAUGAUGAAAAAAAGUAGCGAAACACUGGCACAGGCAGACAGUGCUUCGGUCCUACUCAGGUUGUCUUUUGACAGGCACUUCCACAUGGGUUUUGACUCAAGGACUGUCCUCAAGGCCACAGCCUUCACGUACAUUUUUUACACCACAGAAAUCAUGACCUUAGAUUUUGAAAAGACAGCUGGGGCAGUACCUGGAGCAGUGGUUCUCAAAAUGUGGUCUUCCGGUCCCUGGAAAUCCCUAGAGCUUUCCAGGAGAGCUCAAGAGGUCAGCUGUUGGUGCCUUGGCAGGAAUCAAGGCAAUGGAGCCAAAUUCUGUAGUUGUGUCUCCAUGACUUGCUCUCAGUAAAAAUAUUGCCAACUUCAUUUAGAAAUGUCCUCGAUAGAACCAAUAAAAAUGACUUGUAUGAAACCUUGA